AUGAAGCGGUUUCAAGAGGCUAUGAAAGAUUUGAAUGGCGAGGUGAGCGAUGAUGGUGAUGAUGAGUGGACGGAUAUUAAGAAGACUAAAGAAGUAAAAUCAACAAAAGUAUCAGAAGAAGUUUCAAGCGAGAAAGAUUCUGAUGAUGAACCUGAGGGUGAAUCUUGGGCGGGAUUCGACAGCGAAUCACGACCCAAUGGAAUUCUCAAAAAAAAACAAACAUUUGACGACGAUGAUGAUGGAACUGUGGUCGUCACUAUCGAGGACCUAAGUGAACCUUUACAUAUAGAUAAAUAUGUUGAUGUUGAUAAAUCUGAAUCUGUACUCGAGGGAAGUAUUAAUAGAGCUCAAGAAUAUGCCAAGUUUGUUCUUAAAGAUGAAAAGAAAAAACCACAACAAUCCAAACCCAAAAAGAAAUUCAGAUACUUAACAAAAGUUGAACGAAAAGCCCAUGUGUCUAAGGAGCGUAGUAGAAACAGACAAAAAAGAGAUAAAUUUAAAAAAUAG